AUGUCCCAAGCGCGGAAACAAGACUCGGAAAGCUAUCCUGUCCACACGAACGACACCACUACCACCACCCCCCCUACCACCGCCAGCCACCACAAUGCGUUCGAGAACAUGCUGAACAUGGACGAGAUCGCCCGUGAGGACGCCGAGAUCGGUCGUGCGGAAGCUGGCAGGGAUUUCAAAUCCCCCACGGGCGCGUUUGUGAGCAACAACAACAACAACAACAACACCAACCACAUCAACAACGACCACGACGCCGUGGGACUGGGCGAAGGGUUGUCGACGACGAUCACGUACUCGGAUCCACCAACAUAUGAGGAAGGCUUGGGACAUCGGGUGCGUUGUCAUGCCAAGUUGUUGAGGAACCACCAGAUUGGUGGAAAGGUCACGAACAUCGAGUUGUUCUUUGACCUGGUCUUUGUUUAUGCGAUCAGCGUUAUCUCUGAAACCAUGGUCCAUCAUCUUGUAUGGGAGGUCGUUCUUGAGAUGUUGGUCGUUACGUUGGCCAUCUGGUGGGCAUGGGUCUUCAGUACAUGGGUGUUCAAUUGGUUCAAUCCCGAGUCUUACCUGGUACGACUCCUGCUGAUGGCCUUGAUGCUCGUCAACCUGAUCAUGUCUGCGUUUAUCGGGGAGGCCUACGGGAGCCAAAGUCUACUCUUCGCGGGGAUGUACGUCCUGAUCCAGGUCGGAAGGAACGUGGCCGCAGUGCUGGCGUUGCAUGGACACAAGCUGCAGAGGAACUUCAUCCGACUGCUCAGUUGGUUCCUCAUGACCGCCGUGCUCUGGUUGGUCGGGGGUGCCAUUGGGGGGACCACCCGGAAUGUGCUCUGGACGGUCGCGAUCGUUCUCGAGUAUAUCUCGCCCGCGGCUGGAUUCUAUACCCCGGGACUUGGCAAGUCCAUCUCGACGGAUUGGGAGAUUCAUGGGGGACAUAUGGCUGAGCGAUGCUCGUUGUUCAUCAUCAUUGCAUUGGGCGAGUCCAUUGUUGUCACAGGAGAGGCCUUCAGGGAGGCCUUCCAUGAACCCGCAGGGAUCGGAAUGUUCAUCGUCUCCUUCGUCGGUGCCACCGCCAUGUGGUGGAUCUACUUCCACACCGCCUCCUCAGAGGCCGCAGAGUACGUCGAACACAGUGCCGACCCCGGCAAGAUGGGUCGACUCGCCUACACCUAUAUCCACGUCCUGAUGGUCAUCGGCAUCAUCUGGUGCGCCGUUGCGGACCGUAUCAGUAUGGAAGACCCCUAUAUGGUCCCGCACCAUGAGCACGACAAGAUGAUUUAUGUGGCCAUCAUGAUCGGGGGUCCUUCCUUGUUCGUACUCGGUCAUGCCUUGUUCCGUCGUACGUUCUGCUCAAGGAUUCCUGCGGCCCAUCUGAUGACCGUUGCCGCAUUGAUCUGUGCGACCCCCAUUGGGAUUUUCUUGCCGCUCUGGGCCACAGCCUUGACGACGACGAUCUUGCUAGUGUUGUUGGGCGCGUGGGAGUCCUACUUUAGAUGCGUUAUCCUUCCUAACCCCCAUACCGCGUAA